AUGUCAAGAUCGAUUCUCAGCAGUGCCUUUGUGUUGUGUUCCUUGUUGGUAAUCUUUGCAUUUGUUCCACUCAUCACAUGUGCAGGUAUUAGUGGUGGUAAAUUAAAGUAUUCGAAACAAAGUAUCAAAGAACCUCAACGUCCACUUCUUGCUCCGCACUUUACCAUGAAAUGGAGAAUUGUUGCCUCUACCAAUGACAAUUCUAGUAUUCCACUCGAUUGGCAUCCUCUUCCACCAAAGAAUGUGAAAUACAUGCUUGGUACUGGAACUACCUAUUAUGAUUGGUCUCAAAAAGCCAUGUUAGAAGUUUAUGAUGAUUAUUGUGUUCCAAUCUUUGGUCCACUCACAGACAAGAUCAAUCAAUUCAGAUGUAAUUUCCUUAAUGUUAAUUUGACAAGUUAUCUCAUUAGUUUGGAUCCAUCUCCAUUUCCAAAAUGUUGUGUGUUUGGUGAACAAGUUUUCCAUCCUCCAGAACCAACCUUUUUGAACAACAUGUUCUACAAUUCAAGUGCUGCACUUUUUGGUAAGCCAGUGGAUUGGUGGGUUUUGGAUACUGAUCAGAAUGAUCCUGCAGAACCUUUCGGAUAUGGUUUCUAUCCAAAAGAUCAAGUUAGUGGCUAUCAAACACCUGCUGCUUUUUGGUUUAGAACUGUUGAUGGAUUUUCUAUUCAAUAUUUCAAAGAUUUUGAAGUGAAAAAGCCAGAUCCAUCUGUUUGGAAAUUACCUUCAUAUUGUGUCAAUGCUCCAUCGUGUGGAUAUUUGUAAAUUAAAUUGAUCAAAUUAAAAAAGUUUUUCUUUAUC